ACAGGAGAGGCAUAUUCUGACGGACUUGUCUCCGGCCGCGCUCUUCCCUGAAUAAGCUUGGGUAAGGUUUAAUUGCCCCGCGAUAAUUCCUUCGGUUAUUGCAUUUUAUCCAGUUUAACUAAUUUAAUGUAGAGCAACAAUAAUAGACCGGAAUGAUCGGCUGAGUGAAUCCACCGCGAGUUUUUCUGAGGAGAAAGUAGGACUAUAAGCGCUCGGUGCCAGCGGGGCAAUUGUUGCUGUCUGUGCUGCAUAGCGGACCAUCCCGGGGGAUUCUAAAACGGGAUACUACCUUCUAUGUGACGGGGGGAACUAAUUACAUAACGCCAAGAUGGAGCUCAAGCUGCUUUUGAUAGCCACCCUGCUGGGUGUGUUUUGUUGCAGUAUCAGUCGUGCUCAGAAAGAGGGGAAUGAGUGCAUCAAUGCCAAUGCUAAGUACUGCGGGGAAUGCAUCCAGGCUGGAGCCAAAUGUGGAUGGUGCCGACACCCAGACUUCCUGAAACAAGGGGAGGCGGUGUCCAGCCGCUGCGACGAGCUGCAGUCCCUUCUGAUCCGCGGCUGCAGCCUCGCCGACAUCGAGAACCCCCGCGGCGGCCAGCGUGUCCUCCUGGACAGGCCAGUGACCAACCGCCUCAAGGGGGCGGACAAGCUGAGGCUGGAGAACAUCACCCAGAUCCAGCCCCAGAAGCUCGCCAUCACCCUCAGGGCCGGGGAGCCCCAGUCGUUCAACCUGAAGUUCAAGCGGGCCGAGGACUACCCCAUCGACAUGUACUACCUCAUGGACCUGUCCUACUCCAUGAAGGACGACCUGGAGAACGUCAAGAACCUGGGCACCAGCCUGAUGCAGGAGAUGACCAAGAUCACCUCCGACUUCAGGAUAGGCUUUGGCUCCUUCGUGGAGAAGACGGUCAUGCCUUACAUCAGCACCACGCCGGCCAAACUGCUCAACCCGUGCACCGGCGGCCUCAACUGCACCAGCCCCUUCAGCUACAAGAACGUGCUGAAGCUCACCAGCGACGGCAAAAAGUUCAACACGCUGGUGGGCAAGCAGCAGAUCUCUGGGAACCUGGACUCCCCCGAGGGGGGCUUCGACGCCAUCAUGCAGGUGGCGGUGUGCGGGGACCAGAUCGGCUGGAGGACCGACGUGACCCGCCUACUGGUGUUCUCCACCGACGCCGGCUUCCAUUUCGCCGGCGACGGCAAGCUGGGAGGCAUCGUGCUGCCCAACGACGGGAAGUGUCACCUGGAGAACAACAUGUACACCAUGAGCCACUACUACGACUAUCCAUCCAUCGCUCAUCUGGUUCAGAAGCUGAGCGACAACAAUAUCCAGACCAUCUUCGCCGUCACGGAGGAAUUCCAGCCGGUGUAUAAAGAGCUGAAAAACCUGAUACCCAAGUCUGCAGUCGGAACUUUGUCUGCCAACUCCAGCAAUGUGAUAAACCUGAUUAUCGAUGCCUACAAUUCGCUCUCCUCCGAGGUCAUUCUGGAGAACAGCAAGCUGCCGGAAGGACUGACCAUAGCCUACACGUCUCUCUGCAAGAACGGCAUCGUCAGCGAGGGGGAGAAUGGACGCAAGUGCUCCAACAUCUCCAUCGGCGAUGAGGUGAUGUUCACCAUCGACGUGACGGCCACGGGCUGUCCCAAGAUGGGCAAGCCGGAGACCAUUAAGAUCAAGCCGCUGGGCUUCAACGAGGAGGUGGAGAUCACGUUGAACUUCAUCUGCGAGUGCGACUGCAGCAGCGGCGGCAUCGCCGACAGCGACAACUGCACCUUAGGCAACGGCACCCUAGAGUGCGGAGCCUGCAAGUGCAACCCAGGCCGCGUGGGCCGGAACUGCGAGUGCAGCAGCAACGAGGUGGCCACGGAGGACAUGGACCGGACCUGCCGCAGAGACAACAGCACCGACCUGUGCAGCAACAACGGGGAGUGCGUGUGCGGGACGUGCGAGUGCAAGAAGCGGGACAACGCGGACGAGCGCUACAGCGGGCCCUUCUGCGAGUGCGACAACUUCAACUGUGACCGCUCCCACAGCCAGCUGUGUGGAGGCAACGGCCUAUGCGUAUGCAGAGAGUGCAUCUGCAAACCCAACUGGAAGGGCAGCGCCUGCGACUGCUCUCUGGACCACAGCACAUGCAUGGCCAGCAACAAGCAGAUCUGCAACGGGCGGGGGACCUGUGAGUGUGGCGCCUGCAAGUGCACAGACCCCAAGUUCCAGGGACUCACCUGUGAGACCUGCCCUACCUGCCCUGGAGUGUGCAUCGAACACAAGGACUGCGUGCAGUGCCGGACGUUCGGCACCGGGGAGAAGGCGGAGCGCUGCCAGGAGGACUGCAGCGAGUUCUCGCUGGUCAAGUUGAAGGACCGCGACGGGCUGCCCCAGCCCAACGACGCGGCCUACCCCGUCGUGCACUGCAAGGAGCGCGACGCCAACGACUGCUGGUUCUACUUCACCUACGCCGUCAACAACAACACCCAGGAGGUGCACGUGGUCGACAAGCUCGAGUGCCCUACCGGUCCCGACAUCAUUCCCAUCGUGCUGGGCGUGGUCGUUGGCAUCGUACUGAUAGGCUUAGCCCUGCUGUUGAUCUGGAAGUUGCUGAUGGUCAUCCACGACCGGAGGGAGUUCGCCAAGUUCGAGAAGGAGAAGUUGAAUGCAAAGUGGGACACGCAAGAGAACCCCAUUUACAAGAGUCCUAUCAAUAAGUUCCAGAAUCCAAACUAUGGCCGUAAAGCUCCUGUCCUUUAAGGUGAGAAUCCAAUCUACAAGAGUGCAGUCACCACCGUGGUCAAUCCCAAAUAUGAAGGAAAGUUUUGAGAGUUUUCAACGAACAAUUCAACAGCAAACAUCUGAGAGCUAUAGUGUAUAGAUUUUGUGCCAUAUGUGGUUGACUGUUUUUGUAUUUUAUUUUAUUUGUAUUUUAUUUUUUUAUGUUUUGCUUCGUUAAGACAGAGUAAAAUGUUGCCACCGCAAGUGCAAUUUAACUUUUAACACUUUUAAUUUCUAUGCAUUCAUUGUAUUUUCCAUGUAUAUUAUAUAUGUAUAUACUUCAAAUUUGCUUAUUUGCAAAAAAAGAGAACAAAAAGGAAAUUAAGGUAUGUCUGUCCCAUGACAGGACUUUGUAUUUGCAAAGGAUUUAUGUUUGUUUGCUUCUUAACACCAUGUCUAGACAUGAAUGGUUUGGUAAAUGUAUGGAGUUGAACCUCUUAGCAGCUCAGAUUUUAGCACUCUGUUUCAUGUUCUCGAUGUCUUGCUCUAAUCGCGCACACACACUCACACUCACAACACCACAACACCUGCACACACUUUCUUGCUGUCUUUGUCUGUAGCUUACAUUUAUGUCGUCAGCGUUUCUCACUCUCUUUAGUCUCUCUGUGCACUGAUGUCGUUUGCGUUUUGUCUUUUUCAGAGAGGACCUGAGUUAAUAAAAUCUUGUCAGCGAUUGCACAUAUUGUCUGGUGCGUGUCAAUGUACUGUAGACAGUAUUAAACGAUGUUAGCAUUUGUAAUGAAGGUGACACCGAAACCUUGCAAGGCCAUGAUUCUUUAGAACUGUCAAUAUGUAGAGGUUAAACACAUAUAUUUGACGUGUCAGAAGAAAGCUAAGGUAAUAUACACAUUAGUUAUUUUUAGAAAUACAAAAAAAUAGUUAUUAUAAAUAGUAAAAUUGUAUAACAAUCGGGUUAUAUACCACUUGUUUCGAAGGUGAAUGUGUAGCGAUGUUAAAUAUCCAUCAUUACUGAAUAAUUGUUUUUAUUAGGUCAUUUUAUUGUUCCCUCUCAGGUCCUUUUCUGUUUUGUUUUUUUAUAUAAAAAGCCAGAUAUAUUGCCUUCAAAUAUAUUGCUUUGUCAGCUUCUUGCAAAUUGUACACACCUGUAGGUUAACAAAAUGGGUUUGUCAACGUAAAACCCCACAAGUUCACACGUGAACACACACACACACACACACACACACACACACACACACACACACACACACACACACACACACACACACACACACACACACACACACACACACACACACACACACACACACACACACACACACACACUGUGUGUGUGUGUCAAAAUCAAAUUAUUGAUUUUGAAGAAUACGUUUUAUUUCAUUGCAGAUACAGUAUGAAUUUAUUUAUUAAAUAAACAACAUAA